AUGCUCAUAACCGCAACCCAACCGCCACCGGAUGGCAAAGAUCCCACAACUUCCGUUACAUGGGCUUCUUCCGAAGUCACCGAGACAACUACGUCGAAUGGGAUUAUCCUGCCCAUCAUCCGCCCUGUUUGGGUUUGCAACGCCAUUCAGAUUUUAUGUCAUCCUCAAUGCCUCAUUCCUUUCUUUGGAUGCGGAGGCAUCAAUCUUCCUGGGCCUUUAGGCUUUCCGUGGGCUACGCCACCGCCACUGCCGCCCCGGCAAAAGCCACACCCCUACAAGUACUACAUCUUCAUCAUCCUGUACCGCUACGACGACCGUCUUUCCGAAAUGUGA